AAAAAAAAAACCUUUCCUAAAAUCUUGUCGUUUCCCAAUGUUUCGUGUUGAUAUCUUUCGCCCUUUUUCUAAGAAUUCUAAAUUUUUCCUGGCUAAGACUAUUAUUCAGAAUAAACAUUAUUAUUCCACACAGAUAUCACGUAAUGACACAGUUGGAUUUAUCGGACUUGGCCAGAUGGGUUUCAAAAUGGCCAAUAAUUUAUAUCAAAAAAUGAAUUCGCCAUUAAUCAUACAUGAUAUAAAUAAAGCUGCAAUGGAAAAAUUCACAUUACUUCAUAAAUCAACACUAUCUCAAAAACCAAUUUUUCAUGUAAAUUCACCAAUUGAGGUAGCACGAAAAGCUUCAAUAAUAAUUACAAUGUUACCAUCUUCACCCCACGUAAAAAAAGUUUAUUUAGAAGGACAAGAUAGUUUAAUUAAUGGUGUCGAUGAAAAUAGUUUUUUAAUUGAUUCUAGUACUGUUGAUCAAAGUGUCUCCAAACUAGUUUCAAAUCAGAUUAUUGAUAAAGGUGCUAGAGCUAUCGAUGCUCCUGUCUCUGGAGGAAUUGUUGGCGCCGAAGCCGCUACUUUAACAUUUAUGGUAGGAGCAUCUACCUCAGAAGAUUUCAAUAAAGCAAAAGAAUAUUUAAGUCAUAUGGGUAAAAAUAUAGUUUAUUGCGGAAAACUAGGUACUGGACAAAUAGCAAAAAUAUGUAAUAAUAUGUUAUUAGCAAUAUCAAUGGUUGGUGUGGCAGAAACAAUGAAUCUUGGAGUGCAACUUGGCAUGGAUGCAAAAUUACUAGCAAAUAUAUUAAAUACAUCAACUGGUAGAUGUUGGUCAAGUGAAGUUUAUAAUCCUUAUCCCGGUAUUCUUCCAAAUGUACCUUCGAGUAAAAAUUAUGAAGGCGGUUUUAGUAACACUUUAAUGGCAAAAGAUACAAGAUUAGCUGUUAAAGCUGCUAUUGAUUCUAAUUCUACUAUAAUUUUAGGUGCCAUCGCUCAACAGUUAUAUAAUCAACUUUCUAAAACUGCUGGUUAUGAAAAGUGUGAUUUUAGUUCUAUUUAUAAAUGGUUAAAUGACCUUUCCAGAGUUAGUUAAUUAAUGUGAUUAAACCUGGAUUUCAUGAUGAACAUCUUAUUAAGAUCUUGGGUCGAUUUAAUUACGUGGUUUUUUUUGUGAUUUGUAAGUGAUAUGUGAUAUUGAUAUGUGAAAUAUAAAUGUGAUUUUACAUAAUACAUAAAAUAAAUGUUCAUUUUU